GCGCGCUUCCGGCUGGUGCGCGGCGGCCUCCUCCCGCUCGAAGGUCCCAGGUGUGCACACCUUCAGCAGGUCUCGGGGAAGAUGGCGGCCCUAGGGGACGUUCAGGAGUCCCUUCCUGUCCCGUCCCCUGUCAGUCUCUCCUCACCGGGGACACCUGGAGCCCAGCACCACGAGGCACAGCUUCACCUCCACGGGCAUCAGCAUGGCUCCCCCAGCUCCAGCCCUGAGGUGCUCUCCCAGCCAUCGGACCUGGAUCUCCAAGACAUAGAGGAAGUUGAGAUCGGCAGAGACACCUUCUGGCCUGAUUCCAAGUCCCAGCGGGAGCAGGCUGCGUCUCCCCGCCUGCACCGCCUGCAUGUGCCUGCAGAUGGGGUGGGCCAGGAUGGGGGCGCGCUGCGGGGCCUCCUGAGGAGCCUUCCCCCUGGAGCCAAGUGUCCAAGCCUUGGGCAGGAGUCCAGCUUGGAGCGGCAGCCGCCAGGGGCCAUCCCCUGCGCCCAGAAGAGGGGCGCCUGGUGCUUGACGCUGGGGUCGCAGGACACCCCUGGGGUCGAGGGUGGGCCGGAGCGGGCUGCCGAGCUGGGGGGCGGCUUUGGCUUGGGCACGGGCCUCGGGACGCGGCAGGGCAGCCAGCGGGGGUCCAAGCCGCACCGGUGCGAGGCCUGUGGCAAGAGCUUCAAGUACAACUCGCUGCUGCUGAAGCACCAGCGCAUCCACACGGGCGAGAAGCCCUACGCCUGCCACGAGUGCGGCAAGCGCUUCCGCGGCUGGUCGGGCUUCAUCCAGCACCACCGCAUCCACACGGGCGAGAAGCCGUACGAAUGCGGCCAGUGCGGCCGCGCCUUCAGCCACAGCUCGCACUUCACGCAGCACCUGCGCAUCCACAACGGCGAGAAGCCCUACAAGUGCGGCGAGUGCGGCCAGGCCUUCAGCCAGAGCUCCAACCUGGUGCGCCACCAGCGGCUGCACACGGGCGAGAAGCCCUACGCCUGCAGCCAGUGCGGCAAGGCCUUCAUCUGGAGCUCCGUGCUCAUCGAGCACCAGCGCAUCCACACGGGCGAGAAGCCCUACGAGUGCGCCGACUGCGGCAAGGCCUUCCGUGGCCGCUCGCACUUCUUCCGGCACCUGCGGACCCACACGGGCGAGAAGCCCUUCGCCUGCGGCAUCUGCGGCAAGGCUUUCGGCCAGAGCUCCCAGCUCAUCCAGCACCAGAGGGUGCACUACCGCGAGUAGCCACGGGGGGGACUGGUCGGCUGGGGCCCGCUGGGCCUAGGGAGGUUCCAGGGCGGGGCUCCUG